CGCUAACUAGUGGACAGCUAAGCGUGCUGACUAGCUAGUUAGCCGCGGAGGCAGGUCCAGUUCAGAGGGAGUAGCAGCGGCAGGGCAGCAGAGCAGAUGGGGGACAGGUUUCACCUUAAAAUGUGCCGGAGCCGGGUUCUUCUCGCCGGCUGGGUUCUGCUGCUGGUGCAGCUCCAGUGUUCACAGGCGGUUCCCAUCGGCAUCGACAAGACGAAAGUGAAGGAGGAAGAGAAGAAACCCGAAGAGUCUCCAGUCAGUGUGGAUACUGGACUCCACUAUGACCGCUAUCUCAGGGAGGUCAUUGAUUUCCUUGAGAAAGAUCAGCAUUUCAGAGAAAAGCUGCACAAUACAGACAUGGAAGACAUUAAGCAAGGUAAGCUGGCGCAAGAACUGGACUUUGUCAGCCAUCAUGUCAGAACAAAGCUAGAUGAGUUGAAAAGGCAGGAAGUAAACAGACUGCGGACCCUCAUCAAGGCCAAGCAAGACCUAGAAGGAGGAAAUGAUAUAGCCGUGGACCACCAGGCUCUCUUGAAGCAGUUCGAGCACCUGAACCACAUGAACCCACACACGUUUGAAGUGGAAGAUCUGGAUCGGCUCAUUAAAUCGGCAACGAGUGAUCUGGAGAACUUCGACAAAGACAGACACGAGGAGUUUAAGAAGUAUGAGAUGAUGAAGGAGCACGACAGGCGGGAGCACCUGAAAACCCUGGACGAGGAUCAGAGAAAGAAAGAGGAGGAGCACUAUGAAGAGAUGAGGAAGAAGCAUGCUGAUCACCCUAAAGUCAACCACCCGGGCAGCCAGAAUCAACUCAAAGAGGUUUGGGAGGAAGCUGAUGGCUUAGACCCUGAGGACUUUGAUCCAAAGACCUUUUUCAACCUGCAUGAUACUAACGGAGAUGGCUUCUUCGAUGAACAGGAGCUUGAAGCAUUGUUUACCAAAGAGCUGGAAAAAAUCUACGACCCCACCAAUGAAGAGGAUGAUAUGGUGGAGAUGGAAGAGGAGAGGCUGCGAAUGAGAGAGCACGUUAUGAACGAGGUGGAUUCUAAUAAAGACAGGUUGGUGUCUUUAGACGAGUUCCUGGUUGCCACAAAGAAAAAAGAGUUCCUAGAACCAGACAGCUGGGAGACUCUGGAGCAGAACCAAGCGUACACAGAUGAAGAGAUGAGGGAGUUUGAGGAGCACCUGGCUCAGCAAGAACAGGACCUCAAUCAGAGGACUGUUGACCUGCAGAAACAGAGAGAGGAGCUGGAGCGACAGCAGGAGCAGCUGAACGCACAGAAAGUUGAACUCCAGCAGGCUGUUGAGCAUAUGGAACGACUGAAGUCAGAUAAGGCAGACCUUCCAGAGGUUCACGUCGAAGGCAACGCCGUCCCCGAGGCGCAUGCAGCUGACAACCAGUUGCCUCCCGAUCAACCAGCGCCAGACCACCACGAGACCCCCCACCAUCAAGAUACACAACAGGAGCCUCACGAACAGCAAAAUCAAGACUUACCUCAGCAAGGUCAUCCCCAGGAACAUCACGGCGAACCGCCAAACCAGCAGGAAGCGGCACAGGGGCAGCAUAACGUACCGUAACGGUGCCGUCCAAAAACAAACAAAAAAACCCCCCAGAAAAACAAAAUCCCCAGACUUUUGCUGUUCUUCAACUCGUGCUUAGAGAAGAGCGUUGCCUCCCGACCAUAAGACCACUUUAACCAGCAUUUAGGAUUUUGAUUACAAAUGAGGAAGAUUGGCACAUAUCAGAUCUGUCAUCCCCGAUACAAGGGUUUGAUGUCGGUAAUCUUCAGACGAAUUAAUAGAAUUUAAAUUGAUCUAUAAAGGACAUGUUUCGGUAGAUUUUGAGGAGAAAUGCAAUGAAAUGAGAAAAGAUUUGAUGUGAAUCUAGAUCCUGUCACUGGUUUUGGCCUGCAGCUAACCCUACAGGCUCAUUGGAUUCGUUCGGGACGAUUAAGGUUUUUAUUUCUGUUAUUUAUGCCUCACAUUUUAGAUUACACUCCAACUUUAGGAACAUUUUAAGAUUUAUUUAUUUUUUUUUAAUUAUUCAGAAAUCAUGAAAACUCGAGUCAAACAAGACGGUUGCCAUAUACGUGUUCUUUUUACGCUGGAUCAUGAACAAGUUAAUUUUUAAAAUUGAACUCAUUUUUGAUGCUGCUAAGUUUUAUGUAAAAAAAAUUUAAUAAAAUGAAUCUGCUUUGUGACAGAUCUGAAAAGAUGUAUUUCUAUGAAGGGAGGUUCUGUCAAAUGUUUACCUAAAAUGGACUGCCCAAAAACAACGCCACACAAUGCUGGUCAUCUUCAAGCCACGCUGCAGCUGCUGCCUGACGCUCAAUUAACGGUGCUAGAAACAAAACGGUAUGAGUAGAAGAAAGAAAAUGUUAAAAAAUCUGAUUUUUAUUACAACUUUGAAGUCAUGCCAAAUCUCUAUGGUGAUUUUAAUUUUAAGCUGUGUGAUUUGUUCUUUCUCCGGUGCCCUACAUGCGUAAUGUUCCCCUGCUUCAGUCAACACAGCCGAUUCAAUGCACUAGAGCGAUUCUCGUGGUGUUCUGCAGAGGCCCGGUAAUUGUCCAUUAACCUAACGUAGGUGUGUUGAAGCAGGGAAACAUCAAACCUGUAGGGGCAGUGUUGAGGACCAGGGUGGGAAACAUCGAGUUCCUGGGAGGAUUUUAUAUUAAAGUCACAUUUAAAAUAAAAAGAAGCAUAGUGACUAUUUUGACAUCUGAUUAUACAUAAAUGUGUAUGGACCAUGUUUGUUGACUUAGCCAUUUAAUUUAAGAAUGACUUUAAGGAGAAGUUUAGCCGUACAGGACGUCCUUUGCUGUAUGUUCUCUCAAAAGUUGCUGGUUUUGGUGAAGUUGGACUGAUAUCCAGGUUGCUUUUUCUGCAAUCAUGCUUGGUUUCCAAUUUUUUUUUUUUUUUUUGUUAUUGGGGAAUGUUUAAUUUAGCGAUGAGAUCUUAUUGUGGUAAAGACAUAUGUUACUUCAUAUUCCUUCUUUGCUCUCAUGUUUUGUGUGUGUCAUGUGUUCCUAUAAAACAGCAAGGCAUUAUGACUGCACAGAACAUGCAGGUGCCUGCUGCUGUGUACCAGUCAUUUGGAAUAAAAAAACAAAAGACCUCAGUUCAAGACAAUAAAACUGUUUACCUUUUAUCAUAA